GCUGACCCAUGAGUUAUGUUUCAGUGAAUGAGAUGAGCCAACAGGAUAGCCGGGUGAACACUCACUCUUGACUGACUACAAUCCCAUAUACAAGCUAAAGUACAAGCAUGGCGAAUAAAUCAAUCUAUGAUUUCUCUGCCGAGACCCUGGAUGGACAGCCUGUUCCGCUCAGUAACUACAGGGGUAAGGUGCUUCUCAUCAUCAAUGUUGCCACCUUCUGAGGGUCAACAAUAGAGGAGUACCACAGAUUGAAUGCACUUAUGGAAAUGUUCGGCGACCUCAAAUUUACUGUCCUUGGAUUCUCCUGCAACCAAUUUGGCCUUCAGUCACCUGAGGUGAAUCAUGAAACCCUUAAUGUUCUUAAGUAUGUGAGACCUGGUGGAGGGUUUGUGCCAAAGUUUCCUAUCUUCGCCAGAGUUGAAGUGAAUGGAUUAAAUGAGGAGCCUCUUUUCACCUAUCUAAAGGAAUCUUUGCCAUUUGUGAAUCCCGUAAUUGGAGACAUAAAGAAAUUCUACUGGUCCCCAAUCAAUGUCAAUGACAUCCGCUGGAAUUUUGAGAAGUUUCUAAUAACCGCUGAUGGCAUGCCCUUCAGGAGGUAUGAACUUCAUUACCCCUUUGAGAAAGUGGAGAAGGACAUAGCAGAACUUCUGUGAUGGAUUGACUUCAAUUCGUCACCGGCGGCAGAGUGACGAUCCCCCAGUAAAUGCACCCCGUGCACCUGAGCUGGAUCUGAUGGGAAGAAGAGGAACAGGCCUCGGGGCUUCAGUGCAUUCACCCUGAGAGCAAGUUCCCUUCAGCCACCGGAAGGAGUUUUCAUGUCAAUGUCACACUUUUGUCUGU